UCCAGUUUCCCUCAAGUGGCGCUCUAACAAUUGACCCAUAUAAUUGUUUAAAAAAAUUAUUUUAUCACACAAGAAUAUAGAAAUAAUGUUGAAAAAAGUUAUGCAAAAUAUGUAAAUUGAGUGCAUUUGAUAAAUACAUUUACUAUAGUUUAGUGUUGGAUACUUUAUUCCUUGAAUAUUAUUUUCUCGUCUUAUUAAUCGGGUGUUGCCGACUGUCUGUGCAUUUUUUAUUCAUUUUAUUAAUUUGCUUGAAAUGUGUUGUGUUAUUUAGUGAAAAUUCUUUCUACAAAGAGAAUUUUGAUUGUAAAUUAAAAACUUUCUGUGCGACAAAGUAUCUUAUCGUAUUUUUUAUUUCUUUUUGUGAAUAAGCGGAUAUAGCGGUAAAACUUAACCUCAAAAGAUUUUACAAAAUUAGAAAGAUGGAGACAUUUCUUGUGAAAUCAAAACAAGCUCUGCCAAAUUUAAGUGCAUAUGAGAAAAUACGUGUUGUAUUGGGAAAUCAAAGCUGUGAUUUAGAUUCAGCAGUAUGUGCAUUAGUUCAAGGACUUUUUCAAUAUUACGAUGUACAAAAGGAGAAUCGUGUCAAUGUUGCAGUAAUACCUGUUAUGAAUAUUUUUGAAAAGGAAUUUCGUGUGAAGACUGAAGUCCUUUAUUACCUUAAGCAUCAUAAAGUACCCUUGAGUUUAUUGACGUUUCGAGACCAAAUCGAUCUUCACGCCUUGAACGUUGAGAACAAAUUGGAGCUAGUUUUGGUCGACCAUCACACUCUCACCGAUGAGGAUUCGUUGCUGGCAGAUUCAGUCGUAGAAAUUAUUGAUCACCGUCCCCAAGAUGCAGCUUGGAGCUGGACCGGCAAAAGGAUUAAUCUACAAACAGUUGGCAGCUGCGCCACUCUUGUCGCUAAAACAGUUCUCGAGAAACAUCCAAAUUUAGUUGAUUCUCAAAUAUCCAAUCUACUACGAGGGCCAAUUCUAGUGGAUACUUGUAACUUUUCAAGGGAAGCCGAUCGUGCGACGCCGACAGAUUUCGAGGUGAUUCAAAGCCUGGAAGAGGUCGGUUCGUUGGACACUGAAAGGGAUGUUGUCUACAGAGAAAUUCUCUCGGCUAAAACCGACAUCAGUGGUUUGACUCCGGGCGAUUUGAUGAUUAAGGAUCUAAAAGUGGUCAAUGGAGUGCCUAUUGUUGGAUUUCCAAUUCUGGUUAUGGACUUUCUCGCAUUAAAUGGUGCCUUCGAAGCAAUCGGUACAUUCACAAAAAGCAGGUAUUGCUCGCUCACAGUACUCAUAGGAAUGGAUUUAAAGAACAACGUCGUAUCGAGGGACAUUGGUGUCUUCUCAUUGGACUUCAAUGAAUUGGAAAAUAAAAUUAUACAGGCCUUAACUUCAUCGACGGAUCCAAAUCUCGAUUUAGUGGAAGAUAGUAGACACCUUGGAAAAGGAAUGAAUUUGAUCGUCUAUCGACAGAGAAACGUGCGGGCAACUCGCAAGCAAAUACUACCGAUUAUACAAAGUGCAUCGACAGGAUGUCGUUGUUGACAGUUGUGCUGCCCUCGUUCCCCACAAAAGUAAAUAGUGAAUCUCCCAUUAAAUGAAUUAGCAUGUGGUAAUUAUACAUCCCUCUCAUUUUCUCAUCACUACGCCUAUUGGAAAUAAAUUGCCCUCAUUGCAAUGCCAUUUGCUAUUGGCUAAAAAAGAAAAAAAAAAAACAACUCAACCAUCAUUUCCAUGUAUAAAGUAACCUCGAGGAAAAAGUUAUAUUCUUUUCGUUUGUUUUUCCAUUUAGGACGAAAAAUAUCAGCUCAAAGGAACGCGAUCGCUUAUAUUUUCAUAUAUACAAUAUUCUUCGAAGAAAUGCGAUAUGCAUCUCGCAAAGUGCAACAAUGGAUCGGACGUCCUUUGUGUGCUGAGAAAUCGAAGGUCGACCAAUUUUCAAGAAGCAUAAACAUCCCGAGGGAGAGAGAAAGAGAGAGAGAGAGAGAGACCGCACCACGAAGCGAACUUGCUGCAUCGACAGGAGGCCUCUGUUUAUUUUUCAUUUCCCUGCGACUCGCUCCAUACUAUCAAACCAGGCGUCGAGACUCUCGAAUCACUAAUUUCCCAGACGUACACAACCAUGGAAAUCUGGUAAAUAAACCCAAACUUUUGAGCUGAUGGAAGCGGGGAACGAAAAAGUGGAGAGAGAGAGA